AUGCCUCACACUUCCAGUAUCAACCAAGAAACCAAAUACAAGCUAAACAACGGCCUGGAAAUUCCAGUAGCCGGAUUUGGACUUUACCUGAUUCCUGCAGAGGAAACUGAAGAACGGGUUUACCAAGCUUUGAAGGCUGGAUACAGACACAUCGAUUCCGCUGUGGGUUACAGAAACCAAAAGCAAGCCGCAGCCGGUAUUAAAAAGUUCUCAAAAGAGACUGGGACCCCAAGAGAGUCGAUUUGGUUUACCACGAAACUCACUGGCCAGCAACAGGGUCUGGAAGAAACUAAACAGGCUCUAAAAGAUGUGGCUAGCGAUGUGAAAGAAUCAAUUGGCUACGUGGACUUGAUCUUGCUACAUUCCCCCAAAACCAGCUCUCAAAAGCGAUUGGAGGCUUGGAAAGUGCUCGAAGAAGCGGUUUUAAACCCGGAAUCUAGUCCGCUCACAAUCAAAUCUAUCGGAGUGUCCAAUUUUGGUAAAGCUCAUUUGGUUCAGCUCUUGGCCAAAGCAAAGGUCAAGCCGGUCCUGAACCAAUUGGAAUUACACCCUUGGUUGCCCCGUGUGGAGUUGCGUGAGUAUUUAAAGAAGCACGAAAUAUUGGCUGAGGCCUACUCACCAUUGACGCAAGGUGCCAAACUUGAGGACCCUGAACUGUUGUCGUUGGAGGCUGAAAGCGGUCUCCCAAAGGCUCAAUUGUUGUUGCGUUGGUCUUACUUACAAGGUUUCGUUGUUCUCGUCAAGACCAACAACCCUAAACGUGUGGUAAGCAACCUCGAGGUCCUACCUAAGAAAAAUGACGACUGGAAAAUAUCGUUGGACGACAAAAUUUGGAAGGCGCUGGACAAGCCUGAAUCGAAUGAUGUUAUCACUUGGGGGCACAACGAUCCUACGUUGUUUCCAAUCGAUUAG